AAACAAUUUGUUCGCUUUUAUUCACAAUGUUUGCAAAACCUACCACCAACGGUCCUGUUACAAAUACAAAGCUACCAGGUUAUAUGAUAUCAAGAGGAUAUCAAAGACCAAAAGCACAUAUAAGUGAUAGAGAGAUAUACUUUAGAACAUCAUUACAAAAUACAAUAUUAGAUGUCUUAAAAUCACGACCAGGAUGGCAAGAAGCUCCAAGUGAAACAGAAUGGGAUUUUUUCUGGUGUGAUCGAGAAUGGCUACAUCAGAAUUAUGACACAACAUUCUUACAAGAAAAUCAGAAGAUUUUACAUUUUAGAAAUUAUUAUGAGUUAACUAGAAAGAAUUUAAUGGUAAAAAAUAUUAAAAGAUUGAAGAGACAGACUGAAAGGGAAUUUGGUAAAUUAGAAGGUCAAAGUUUUGAUUUUUAUCCAACUACCUAUGAAUUACCUUCAGAAUAUCAUAUAUUUGUGGAAGAAUUUAAAAAGAAUCCAGGUAUUAUAUGGAUUAUGAAACCUGCAGCUAAAUCCCAAGGUCAUGGAAUAUUUUUAUUUCGUAAAUUGAAGGAUAUCACUAAUUGGAAAAAGGGAGACUAUCAACCUCUAGCAGAUCAAACUAAAGAAGCUCCAGAGCUAUAUGUUGUUCAGAGAUAUAUUUCAAACCCUUAUCUUAUUGGUGGUAGAAAGUUUGAUUUGCGUGUGUAUGUUUUAGUUGUUUCUUAUAACCCAUUAAAAGCCUGGCUAUAUCGAGAAGGAUUUGCUAGAUUUUCUAAUAGUAAAUUUUCAUUAGAUUCAAUUGAAGAUGCUUAUAUCCAUUUAACAAAUGUUGCUGUACAGAAGACAGCUCCAGACUAUGAUCCUGAGAAGGGUUGUAAAUGGUCUUUACAGAGAUUACGUAAUUAUCUAAUAGCUAAACAUGGUAUUGAAGUAGUACAGAAAACCUAUAAAGAUAUUGAUAAUAUUAUUAUAAGAAGUCUACAGAGUGUACAGAAAACUAUUAUUAAUGAUAAACAUUGUUUUGAAAUGUAUGGUUUUGAUGUUAUAUUGGAUUCCAAUCUAAAACCAUGGUUAAUAGAAAUAAAUGCCUCACCAUCACUUACUGCCAGUGGUAAAGAAGACUAUAUAUUGAAAUGUGGUUUAUUGAAUGAUGUUUUAAAUGUUUUAGAUCUUGAACAUAAGUUAACUGGUAAUGAAAAACGUGUUGGUGGUUGGGAUUUAAUGUGGGAUGAUGGUCCAGUAUUAAAUGAUGAUCAACUAGAUAGUCAACAGUCCAUACUGACAUUACCUACUCCCAAUACUUUCUUAGGUUUGUUUAUAUCUUCUCAUAUCUGUUGGAGCCUUUUAGAGGUGGCAAAGUAA